CAUCUAGCACGACCAAACCUCAGCCCAAGUCAAUCAUCACCACCGGUGCGGCGCCCGCCGAGGGGCCGCAAGGUGCAACACCUGUGUCUUGUGUGUCAUGUUCUGUGUGGCUAGCCACCUUUUCACAGUGUAUAUGUCAUCUCUGGGUAGUGACUCCAUCUUUGUCUUUCACAUGCGCUGCGCGAUCUCCAUCGUCGUUCGUCACUGCGGAGCUUUCCCUGAACCCCAGUUGCCGCGCGGCGACUCCACCUAUAAGACACGCCAGAUCUCAAACUGAUCUUGGCGAUCUACGCCCUUCGCUCCCUGCCAGUCGCUCGCUCCCACCUUUUUCACCAGCAUGACCCGUCGAAACGUCAUUCCUGUCCUCGCGCUAAUCCUCACGCUAUUCGUAAUCGCAUUCUUGUACUCAGGCAUUGACACCAGUCAAGCAUGGCGGGGCAUACCACAACAUGUUGGUUUGGGAGAGCACUUUGGGACUGAUGAGCAGCCACCCUCCAGUACCGGCGGCGCCGAGCCGUCCAAAGACACGAUCCAAGACCCAGACUAUGCAAACUGGAACCCGAGACCCGUGUUCAAGCCAGGCUCGCCAAUGCCGCCAGAGCACAACUUUACCUCGACACUGAUAAUUGCGAAGACGAAGCAUGAGAAUGUCAAUUGGAUACUGGAGAAGAUGCCAGAGCAGCAGACAGCCGUCUAUGUCGCCGAUGAUCCUUCCGCGCCGCUGCAUCCGCCCAAGAACAAGGGACACGAAGUCAUGGUGUAUCUUUCGUGGAUCAUCGACAAUUACGACAAUCUCCCCGACGUCGCUAUCUUUAUGCACGCCCAUCAAUUGUCCUGGCACAACGACGAAAUUCUGGGCAACGAUGCGCAUCUCCUCAUAACCCGACUGAAUCGACACCGCGUUUGGAGGGAAGGCUUCGUGAACAUGAGAUGCAGUUGGCAUCCUGGCUGUCCCGAUUGGAUGCACCCUGGAAACACCGAACAGGAUGCUCAGAAGCAGGAAGAGGUGCUCCUAGCGAAAUCGUGGAGCGAGCUUUUCCCUCUCGACGAAGUACCUACCGUCCUUGCGCAACCCUGCUGUGCGCAGUUUGCCCUCUCGCGGGAACGUAUACAAGCGAAGCCGUACGCGCAAUACGUCUGGUAUAGAGAUUGGCUAUUCAACACGCGACUCCCCGAUCGCCUGAGCGGACGAAUCUGGGAGUACGUGUGGCAGUUUGUCUUCACAGGUCAGAACAUAUUUUGCCCCAAAGAACACAUAUGUUUCUGCGACCAGUAUGGAUCUUGUUUUGGCGGCGAAGAAGCAUACGAAAAUUUCAUGGCGCUCAAGAACGAACUCAGCGAUCGGGAGAGGGAUCUCAGGCAGUGGGAGGAGAAACGGAAGGAGAUAGAAGAGGCACAGAAGAACGGCGACCAGGCAAAGUUGCAGGAGUUGACAAUCCCCGAGCCAGGGAAAGAUGACGAGUUCAGAAGAGAGAUUGAUCGGUUGAGGCCAAUUGUGGACAGCCUAAAACACGAUGCAGAAAUUCGGGGACGAGACCCACACAAUCGAGCGUUGGAAGCUGGCAGGGAGUGGCAUGAAGGCGACGGUUUUUAGCUUUUUCUUUCUUUGUAUAGAUACCCUGGGUAUUUUGCAGGCGUAUCUGGGUGUGAUGGCAUCUGGCGUUAAGUGUCUAUGGCCUUUGGGGCUUUUGCUGGCAUGCUAUCUGGGUCUGACACACCGCUUCGUACUUGAAGACGGAGGAAACGAAUGAUACAAAAUAUCGCUUUACUUGC